UCCAAGCGGUGUGUAAUUACAUAAUUCCCCAAAACAAAAACAUCCUCAUCCUCAUUCGGAGGGAAAUAGGAUGUUAUCGUCUUCAGUUAUGAUUCGACGCUUUUGCACCUUCACCCUCACCGCUUCUUCUUCUCCUUCCACUUCCAACAAGAAGCGUCUUGUCUUUCUUGGUUCUCCUCAGGUAUCUGCUUCGGUUCUUGAUGCUUUAUUCAAUGCUUCUGCUGCCCCUGAUUCCCUUUUUCAGGUCACAGCCAUUGUUACACAGCCACCUUCAGGAAGGGAUAGAGGAAGAAAAGUAAUGCCUUCACCAGUUGCACAACAUGCUCUUGACAGAGGGUUCCCUUCUGAUAUGAUUUUCACACCUGUGAAGGCUGGUGAGGAAGCAUUUCUUUUUAACUUUAAAUCUUUGGAGCCAGAGCUUUGUGUUACUGCUGCAUAUGGGAAUAUUUUACCCACGAAGUUUCUGAACAUUCCAUCAAAAGGAACGGUUAACAUACACCCAAGUUUACUGCCUCUAUACCGUGGUGCAGCCCCUGUACAAAGAGCAUUGCAGGGUGGUGUUAAAGAAACAGGGGUGUCGUUAGCUUACACAGUUCGUAAACUGGAUGCUGGACCAGUUAUUGCUCGUGAAAGAGUAACAAUUGAUGAUCAAAUAAAGGCUCCAGAUUUACUUGAGUUACUGUUUAAUCUAGGUUCCAAACUUCUAAUUCGAGAACUUCCUUCUAUAUUUGAUGGGUCUGCAAGUGGGAGUGCCGAAAAGCAAGAUGACAGUAAAGCUACCCUGGCUCCCAAGAUAACUCCUGAGGAGUCAUGGCUAUCCUUUGAGGAAGAUGCCCACGUGCUUCAUAACAAGGUUCGGGCAUUUGCAGGAUGGCCAGGAACUCGAGCUAGACUUAAGGUUAUUGACCCUAGCACUGGAGAGAGCAGUAUUAUAGAGCUCAAAAUUAUAACUACUCGGGUUUAUGGUGGUAUCAGAAGUCAAGAUAUAGAGGCCAAUGAAGUGCUUUACACCAAAGGUUCCCUGGUAAUUCCUUGUGGUGUGGGCACAGCACUGGAGGUUUUGGAAAUCCAACUUCCUGGCAAGAGAGCUGUUAAUGCAGCUGCAUUUUGGAAUGGUUUAAGAGGCCAAAUGCUGAAAAAGUUGUGAUCACUAAGCCGGUCAGCCACACCAAUAUCAGCCAGUCGACAAGUUGUACCAAAUGCCAUUGUUCUGGAGUGUGAUUGUUUUGUUUUGACUGAGAAACUUGGCAGUCCAAAGUUGAAUUGAAGCCUGUAAAAAGUCGAUCAUAGAAAUGACGUCCACUAGCCAUUUUUCGGCCUUAUUUUUGAAAAAUAACUACUUACUGUUGUGGAGUUUCAAAUUUUUUCAGGAAAAUCAAAUCACCACGAAAAAGUUGCAAAGUUGGAUUCUCAAGGCAGGCAGGCAGGCAGGCAGGCUCCUUAUUCUUUGCAGAUAAAUUGAAACUUGAAAGAUAUAAUUUGAAUACAUGUAUUCUCCACCAAAAUGAGUACGAUUCUUUUUCUUUGUUUUCCACUUUGAAGUGACUAACAAGAUUCCCCUGGCCAACAAUUUGACCCACAAACUAAAAAGAAGACUACAUAAAUAUCCAAUUAUUGGUCCAGCUGAUUAUUUGUUAUACUAAAAAAAAUAAUGACAGUACCAUUAUAUUGUCUUUCUACUAAGAUUUUUUCAAACACUUAUGCAUUAUUCAACUGUAAUUUAUACAAAUCUUAUAUAUAUAUAUUAAAAGGUUGAUGUGUAAA